AUUGGUGACUACAGAAUGUCUUAUUCUGAAAUUUAAUUUUUCACACAAGUAAUACUGUUUUGUUGUUUGUUUGUUUGUUUUUUGUACAAAUGGCUGUGCAUGUCAGUGAGGUUUUUUAAAUAGUUCUGAAAGCAGAAGCCUAUAAAACAUGUAAAAUGUGACAUUAUGUGUAGCAACUACAUAACACUUAAGUUGGAAGACACCUCUUGAGAACAUUUAAUUCAACCUAAUUGCUCAAAGAACAAUGACCACAGAGCUGUUCAGGGCCAUGAGCAUCUCCACAGUGUUUGAUCAACCUCUCUGUUUAAAAAAAAAAAAAAAAAAAAAGUUUUCUUGUGUUCAGAUGGAAUCUCACAACGUAAGCCCCUUGUAUCUUGUCCUGUCAGGGAGCACUGCUGUGAAGGAUGUGGCUCCCUCAUCUUCAUUGUCUUUCAUCAGAGGUAUACAUUUGCACACUGAUAAGGAUCUGUCCCACUACUGAUCAUCUUCUCCAGGCUGAACAGUUCCAGCUCUCUCAGCCUGCCUUUGUCUGAAAGAGUUCCACUCUCCUAAUAAUCUGGGUGGCCCUGAGCUGCAUUCACUCCAAUAAAGCCAUGUCUUAUGCUAGGAAGUCCCACUCCAGAUUUGUCCCACCAGUGCUGAAUGAGGGAAGAUUGGUCUCCUUCAUCCUGUGGAUGAUGCUCUUCCUAAUGCAGCUCAGGACACCUUUAAGCCACCUUUACUGUAAUGGAGUGUUGCUGGCUUAUGGUCAGCUGCUUUCCUGGGUAGUCUCCAGUGUGUGCUGGUGCCUGGGGGAUUUCUCCUCCUAUGCAAAACUUUGCAUUUCCCUUUGUUGAACUGCCAUGAGGUUUCUCUGAGCCCAUAUCUCCAGCCUGUUGAGAUUCCUCUGAAUGACAAUGUAACCUUCUGGUGUAUGAACUGAUUAAAGGAAUUGUAGUUCUAAUCUUCUUAGAAUCAUAGAAUGGUUUGGGUUGAAAGAGACCUUUACGAUCAUCUAGUUUCAACCCCCUGCUAUAGGCAGUGACACCUCAGACCAGGUUGCUCAAAGCCCCAUCCAGCCUGGCCUUGAAUACUUUCAGGGAGUGGGCAUCCGCAACCUCACUGGAGAACCUAUUCCACUGUCUCACCACCCUCACAGUAAAGAAUUCCUUCCUAAUAUCUAGUUUAAAUCUACUCUCUUCCAAUUUAAAACCAUUUCCCUUCAUCCUGUUGCUACAUGUCAUUGUAAAAAGUCCCUCCCCAGCUUUUCUGUCAGCCCCCUUCAGGUACUGAUAGAAGUACUUGAGGAGAAUGGUACUUCAACAUGUAUGAACACUCUCUGGAAGCAUUAGCUCUAUCUUCACUGAUGGUGAAAAGAAAAAGAAAACCAGAAUUCUUGGGAAAGAGUAGAAGGUGAAGCUUUUUUAUGCUACAGGAUAACACCAUAGUUAAUGUGCAGCAAUUAAACUACAAUUCUGAUUAUUCCAUCUCAGAAAGAUUAUGUUAAGAGAAAGUAAAGAGAUGAGUGACAAUAUUCUUUGAAGUGGAUGGCCUCUGUAUGAGAUGUCAUUAAAUAAAUGAAGAGUCUGAGGUAAAGAUGUGGUAUCUGAUAGAGGUCUGAAAAAUAAUUAAUACUACAGAGAAGGCAAAUAAGGGAAUGUUUAGGUUGCCAUUUCUCAUAACAAGAAAUGCAUGCUUUCCAGUGAAAUGUUAGAAGGCAAGAAUUUUGGGCUGCACAAAAACUUUGAUGGCCAUGUCUGGUUGUUCUUCUAUUGUAAUGAAAUGAGAGUACUGACUCUGGAAUGUGAUCAGUAUAUUCACAAUUGGUGCCUAUUUUCACUGUACUGACAAAAUCUCCUGGUGUUGCUUUUUCCCUUGUAAAUCUUCCUGGAUUCAGGGAAAGAAAAUGAGUUCAUUGCUAAGCAUUUGAAUAAUUUCUCAUGAAGCAAGGGGUGAGUUGAAAUUUUCUUUGCAAGUUUAAUAUUUGCAGCCUUUCAGUACCUAAAGGGAGCCUACAGAAGGGAGGGGAAUCAACUCUUUGAAACGGUUGAUAUGUGUAGGACGAGGGGAAAUGGUUUGAAGUUGAGGGAGGGGAGAUUUAGGUCGAACAUCAGGGGGAAAUUCUUUACCCAGAGACUGGAGGUGCUGGAACAGGCUGCCCAGAGAGGUUGUGGAUGCCCCAUCCCUGGAGAUGUUCAAGGCCAGGUUGGAUGGGGGCCCUGGGCAGCCUGGUCUAGUAUUAAAUGGGGAGGUUGGUGGCCCUGCAUGUGGCAAGGGGGUUGGAGAUUCAUGAUCCUUGAGGUCCCUUCCAACCCUGGCCAUUCUGUGAUUUGUGCAACUAGAACUUUAACUUUCUGUGUCCCCUUAGGAUAUCUGAGUACUGCAGGAUUUACUUCAACUAUAGAUAAGUGAAAGUAAUAAAUAAAGACACUGAAUGUGAAAUUUGUGCAUCCACGUGUGUGUGUUCUUGGAACAGCCUGGAGAAAUACGAGUACUCUAAUCAUAUGCUUCUGAAAUAAAGCAGACAAAUGAUAGUCUAUGCAAACAAAGAGAUCCUGUUGAGUGUAAAGUUUAUAUUCAGAAAACAGCAUUUCAUUUCAAUGGCAUAACUAUAUAAGUAUAUUAUUCAAUAAUGCUUUGAACUCUGAAGACACAAGGUUGAGACAGUAUUGUUAGAUGACUUAAGAAUGAAGGUGGAAACUCAAUACACUUUGUAAGUAUGAUCAAGAAGCAAGUUCAGUGUUUUGUUUCACAUUGUUUGAGAUUUUCUUUAAUGUUUAUCUCUUUCCUUUAGAGAAAUGCGGAGCUUAUGAUGUGAUGUUCAAGCAUAGUCUUGUGCCUGAUGGGCAGCCUCUUGUUAUUAAAUGUUCACUGGAAAAGAGCUUCAAUUUUAAAAGUGGAGACUGCAACUUAACAUGUUGCAGGAAUUUGACAAGCUGCAGCAAAAUGUCUACAGAAGUAACAGUUUUUGAGAGGACCAAUGGCUUAUGCUUAAAUGAAAAAUUUGCUGUAGAGGAGGUGGUAUUCACUUCAUCAUCUGCAAAGCUUGUGUGUCCACACUUGGAUCACUUCAGGAAUGAGGAAAAUAUUCUACCUGUUCAUUGGUAUAAGGACUGUCAGCUACUGGAAGGAAAAAGAUUUGCCUUCUUAAACAGCGACCUUGUGAUUUUCAAUGUGACUGUGCAAGAUCAAGGAAACUAUACAUGCAAAACGACAUAUACCUAUAAUGGAAAGCAAUAUGACAUUGCACGAGACAUAAGACUGAUUGUAGAAGUGAGCCCACCAAAAAUGCCCCCAGAAAUAUCUUAUCCACAGAACAACUCAAUUGAAGUGGAACUUGGUUCACUGGUCACAGUGGAUUGCAAUACAACUGGUGCUGAUGGGUUUGAGGUGUUUUGGACAGGCAACGGUGUGUAUAUUGAUGUGUUUUAUGUGAGCAGAAUUUUUGCAAAGCCCAAUAACGAGGAAACUGCUUACGAUGGACGCCCUAUGUAUUCUGUGAAGCUCAUAAUUUCAGAAGUGCAUAGUGAAGAUUAUGAACAACCAUUCAUCUGUCAAGCUUCAAAUGCCUUUGGACAGGUUGCAUCCUAUAUUAUAUUAAAACACAAAGUUCCUGAUGUACAAAGAUGGCUGACUGGAGUGUUUGUCUCUUUCUUACUGUUAACGUUUAUUAUUCUGAUCAUCUAUAAGAUUUUCAAGAUCGACUUGGUGCUUUGGUAUCGUAAUUCUGGAUGUGCCUUUGUAAGUAAGGAAGAUGGAAAAAUCUAUGAUGCAUGUGUCCUGUACACAAAAGGCUGUGAAGGCAGCAACUUCUAUCGUCUGGAAACCUUUGUUCUUAGAAUACUCCCCAACGUUUUAGAGCAACAAUGUGGAUAUAAUCUCUUUAUAUUAGGAAGGGAUGACCUACCAGGAGAAGCUGUGGUCAGCAUUGCUGAUGAAACCUUCAAGCAAAGCAGAAGACUGAUGAUUAUUUUGGGAUCUGAAACAUUUAGUUGCAUCCAGUUGGAAGAUGCCUCUGAACAGCAAUUAGCUUUGUAUAGUGCUCUUAUCCGUGAUGAGACUCAAGUGAUCCUUAUAGAAAUGGAUGGAACGCAGGACUACACAAGCAUGCCAGAAUCAAUCAGAUAUAUUAAGCAAAAGCACGGGGCUAUCCAGUGGAAAGGAGAUUUCUCAGAGAAAUCUUGUUCAGCAAAUACAAGAUUCUGGAAAAACGUGCGCUAUCAAAUGCCAGCCAAGAAAAAAGUGUCUUUUUCUGAAGUUUAUUUGUCACCUCAAACUUUGAACAAUUCUGCAGCAAAGGGGAAUUAAGAUCUACUUACUAAGAUAGUACUGAGAAGGUAAUUUGGAAAUAUGUUUUCUACACAAAUUCUUUGUAUUACGAACAGAGCUUUUUUUGGUCAAGAAGUAAAAGCUGCUCAUCCCUUCCUGAAAUUACACCUUAAAAGGAAAACUGUGCAACUGUGUUUCUGUUUCAGCUACAAAUAAUGACACAACUUACUCAGGCUUAUGCCUGAAUUAAGCAUUGUGGAUGUUGGUAUACUGUUCAGGAGUGGUAAUCCACAUUAGUUUAAUGUCCACUGAAGAAUCAACUGUGAGGUCUGUUUGUUUUCUAAUUCAAACUGCUGUUGAUGUUUAUGUAGACUGCAUUUUCCUAGCAGUUCUGUUCCUCUUGUUUUUGCCCCUCCACAAUUAUCUGACCUCAUUACCGUAAAAAUCUGUACUGUGCAAGUUUUGGAGUCCACUCUUGAGUAACAAGCCUUACCCUUGUUUCUUGCAGGGGAUAGGGAAAUACUGGGGAGAUUUGAAAUGCCUCACAGUACUGCAUGCAUUUCAGUUGAACCAGUGAUUACCAAAUAUGCUAAACAAAUGGAGUGGAAUUCAUGAAUUCUCACACAUUUAUUAAAUAAUUCUGUAAUA